CCUGUCGUUGUUAUUCAUCUACUAUAAUUUUUAUUCAAUUUAUUUUAUUGCAAUGGAUAAACCAAAAAGGCACAAAACUAUCAACGUGAAUCCCUACAUCGAUAGUAAUCCUAUAUCUAAGGCAUUAUUCACUUGGUGUAGAAAAUUUCUAAGUAACAUCAACGCCACUGGUGCAGACCCAGAUAAACUAUUCCUACCUCGUAUAGAAGAUCAAUGUAAAUUUUUAACAGAAGAUUUACUUAAGCGUCUCUACUCAGACCGUCAUCGACGCAUUCGACUAAAUCUACUCAUGAUCAUUAAUAUGUUCGUGGGACGCAGCGAAUUCUUUCAAUGGUUCAUCAUAGCGUUAUUUUGCACGGUCUUUUUAAGGGUAAUAAUAGCUAUUACACUGGUGUAUUCCUUGACUGAACUGGCUAUGAACGAUCCAUCCAACGUCUAUAGCACAGUAGGCAUUUGUAUCAUCUCGAUAUUUUACAUUUUAGUUAUUGGGAUCACCAUUAUCAUGCGACAAAUGCGUAAUUUUUGGGGAUUAUGCUAUGGAGAACGACUUAGAAUCGCUAUAACCGGUGUAAUCUAUCAUAAAAUAACGAAAUUACCACUGAGUAUACUAACAAAUGAGAAGAUAAACGAAAUAACUAAAAUACUAUUCACCGACUUGGUGGUUCUACGCGCAUUACCGCUUAGAUUUCAAGAUGUCUUCGUGUCCGUCUUGAUGUUUAUAGUCUCCCAAUUACUUUUAUUUCUUUACGUCGGUACCGCUGGAACUGUAGGCUUGGCGUUGAUUAUUUUCGUAGGAAUACCAAUGCAAAUAUUGGCAACUUAUGGCUCUUUAAAAAUGGAACGCACUUUAAACGUCAAACGUGCAAGAACCGAGUCGAUAAUCUCCGAUGUCCUCAACGGCAUUGAAACAAUCAAAGCGAAUUGUCUUACCGAUGUGUUCAUCCGAAUUUUACGACGUUCUCAUGAUCGAGAACUCGUCGUCGCUUCAAGGCGCUCUCUCCCACAGAUACUCCUCUGGUCAGCGAAUACAUUAUGGCAUCGCGUUGCUACUCUCAUCACUAUUAUCAUCUACUUCCUCCAAGGCAACAUUCUUACCGUUGGUCAAGUCAUGAUGGUCAUCAUUGUCUUUGAACACCUCUGCACAUAUUCACUCAAUGUAAUAUCAAGCACCAUUGAAGUUUGUAUGAAAUCUUCAGAAGUGUUAAACACAGUGAACGACUUCUUGUCACUAACAGAACAAAAACACAACAAGUACACACCUCUGAAUGUCUGGGAGAUACAAUUUGAUCAUGUUACCAGUUUGUUAUCAAACGACAACUUCGCAUUGAACGGUGUCACCUUCACGAUACCAGCGAGGAAAAUGACUGUAAUCUGUGGCGCGUACAAUAGUGGAUGUCGAACCAUUAUACCAAUAUUAACUGAUGAUGUAUGGCUGGUUUCUGGAAGUAUCAAAAUCGGUGGUGUUAUCUCAUACUACUUCAACACAGCGGUUUUGGUAGAAGGUUCAAUUAAGAGAAAUAUAACACUCGGGAGGAAAUUCGAUAAACAUCACUAUCAGUUUAUCAAGAAAAUCUGCGGGUUGAAUUCGGAACUGCGUCGGAUAGAUGGUGGAGAUGAUUGUGAUCUAGCCCUUCGCGAAUACUGGCCGACUCUAGAAAAGAAAGUCUUGUUAGCGAGAACGUUGUAUCCUGUUGCGAAUAUUUAUGUUUUUCAACAGCCGCCUGUAAGGAUAGUCAACAGUCGCGAACGGUUAAUAUUCGAAGAUAGUAUCGAAAAGUACCUUAAAGGUAUUACCCGACUGGUGAUAAGUAAUGAAUAUGUGUAUUUGAAGCAAGCUGAUAAGAUCUGCUACUUUGAAAACGGGAAAUUAAGAGCGGAAGGCACUUACAAUCAAGUCCGACGCGAAGUUUCCGACUUUGAAUUGAUAAUAAAACAUGGCGUCUCCGAAGUACGCCUGGAUAAUUUAGCUUUAGUGCCGUCGACAGUAAUACGCUCAUCAAGACAUUCAGUGAUAAGUUUAGCGAUUGCAUCUGUACCAAACAUCUUUGUAAUGCUCAAGAGACGCCACAGAGUCAUCUAUCAAUUCUUCGCACGACGUAAAGACCAUUUUGCAUUGGUGUUCCUCUUCACUCUCAUGGUCCUAACUGGUUUCUUACCCUUCCUAUCAAAACAUUUGUUAUUUAAAUGGUCCACGGCUAAUUUAAUAACAAAUUUUACCAAGUAUGCGCCUGGUUAUGAGCGUCACAAGAGAAUCCACACGCUUAAAUCGGAAAAUAUGCAUCCGUUCAGUGAAUUCUUGGAUGUCUAUGAAUGUCGAGUGUUUUUCAUCCUCGCUCUUAUAUUAAUCCCGCUAUAUUCAUUGGUUUUUGCAUUGGUCGCUCGAAUAAGUAUUAAGCACGUGCGGAUGAUAUACCGGAAAUUAUUGGAUAAUGUACUGCAGAAAAAUGUUAUGUAUUUUCAUAAUACCUCGACGUUGAUGUUGUAUGAACUGCUCGUUAAAGAUGUGCAUGUUAUUCAGGAUUAUUUACCGGGUAGUUUCAUUGGUACAGUUGAAGCAUGCGCAACACUACUCUGCGCCGUUGCUUUCUUCAUGUAUUUGAAUUAUUACUUGGCCGUGGGGUUAAUUCCGUAUUUAAUGGUCUCUUGCUAUAUGAUUUUGUGGUUCAAAAAGACUGGAAAUCGUUUACAGCAUCUGGAACAUGACUUGAAAUUUCCAAUAAUGAUACACAUUACCCAAACACAAAACUUAUUAACCAUGCUCCGAUGUUCCCAGUUAGUGGAUAAUCAAAUAAGAACGUUUUAUACCUUGAUAAACAAGCAUACAACAGCUUGUUUCAUGAUGUUGACACUAAUGCAAGCCUUCCGGACAUGGCUAGCUCUCUGGACGCUUUUAUUAAUGAUUGUGAUAAUGGCAGUCUUUUGUUUCUUGUAUAUAGCAAAUCAAGAAUACACCUAUGUGAUUAAUAUGGUCAUGUAUUACAUGACUGUUAUUAUUCUCUUCUUGAAUAACUGCUCUGAGCAUUUCUUCAAUAUGGCGUACUUGAAUAAUCAAAUCAAACGCAUUGCUGAACAUGAUAGUGUUAACUUGGAAGAUACCACGAGUGGGCUGCGAUAUCCAAAAAUAUGGGCCCAACCUCCAACGAUUAGAUUCUCUGGUGUGUCGGGGCACAAUUUAGGACACGCCAUUGUUGAUUUUCAAGGACUUAAAAUAAACCCUGGGGAACAUGUUGGUUUAAUUGGUCGUCCUGGGUCAGGCAGACGUAUUUUGGUCAAAAUGUUGUUACGUAUGUACCCGCACACAGGUACAAUUAAAAUAAACCAAAGAAAAAUCGAACAAAUCAACGCAUGCACGCUACGCCGUAAUAUUUUCUACAUAUCAUCAAGCACAUCUUUAUUUGCACCCACAUUGCGCUUCAAUCUAGAUCCCAGAAAUGAAUUCACUGAUUCACUUUUAUGGAUGGCCCUGCAAAGAGUUGGUCUCACUCCCAAAAUCAUCUCUUUAGAAGCAACUGUCAAACCUGGUGGAAGUAACAUCACUCUAGAACAGAAAAUUCUCAUAUUUUUCGCGCGUGCGUUAUUAUUGAAGAGUAAAGUUGUAAUUCUGGAUCAAAUAUUUGAGAAAAUAUCAACUGACGAAUAUGAUAUUGAAGAAAUCUUCUUUAAUGAAUUUAAUGAUUGUACUCUGGUUGUGAUUGAAUCAAGAUUGAAUUAUAUUAUGCGAUGUAAUCGCAUUGUGGUCCUGGAUUGCGGACGCAUCAUGGACGAUAACAUUCCUACAAAUGUGUAUGGAAAUCGCACUGAUUUCUUGCAUACAAUUGUUGAUAAAACUGGAUAUGUAAAUCCAAAUACAUUAACACGAAUGGGAUACCAUAGCUCUACUGAAAUACAAUCACUUGAAGAUUUUGAUGAUCAAACACUAUAAUUAUUUUGAAUAAUUAAACGUUUAAACCACGAGAAAAUCCGAAUAGUAACGAUUAUUGUUUUUAAAAACAUGAUAUAACCUUAUUUUACUCAUU